AUGCCGACCCUACCAUCAUUAACGGUUGCCCUCCCCGCGACCGGCGUCCUGCGCCGCGCCGAGACCAUCACAGUCAUUGCCCAACCCGUCGAUACUGAGGUCAAGGCCGGAGGCGGUGCGACCCUCAGUGGCGGUGCGAUAGCCGGCAUCGUGAUUGGCUCUAUUCUAGGCUUCAUCCUCAUCUGCUGGCUCAUCUACUCCCUGACCCGGCCGAAGCGAGCCCCGCCGCCCGCCGAGAGGCACUACUACACGGAGGAGACGUCGCGAUCCCGCCCAAGGCACCACCAUCACCAUCGCCGGGGCCGAAGCCACAGCACCACCGUCAGGGUGCGGUCGCCGAGUCAAGUAUACAUGAGCGAGGCCCGGUACCCCAGUCGCGGCAGCCGCCAUCAUAGCCGCAGCCGAAGCCGUCAGCGGUAUUAA